AUGGUCCACGAGUCUCAUGACUAUGCGCCGACGCGUCAAUCUCAUUCGGUGGAGGUGUAUCCUGCGGACGAGUACGACCUGGACCAUGCAGGGCACCUCAACGUCCAUCUGGCUUCGAUAGCCGAGAAGAAGAAACUUUGGUGGAAAAAUGCCAUCAUAAAUACAGCAUUCAUUGCAUCGUGGUUCCUAUUCGCGACCGUCCUCUCCUUGUACAACAAAUGGAUGUUCUCUCCAGAGCACCUCGGCUUCGGCUUCCCCCUCUUCGUCACAACCCUACACAUGUUCGUGCAAUUUGCAUUGGCUGCUCUUCUGAGGUUGUUUUGGCCUGGACGGUUUCGGCCACCACGGUCUCCGAGCCGUGCGGACUAUGGGAAAAAAGCAGUUCCGACUGCUAUAGCGACGAGUCUUGAUAUUGGCCUCUCAAAUCUGUCGUUGAAGACCAUAACUCUAUCAUUCUACACCAUGUGCAAAUCGUCAUCACUGAUAUUCGUGCUGCUGUUCGCUUUCCUCUUUCGUCUGGAGAAAUUUUCCUUCCGUCUCGUCGGGGUCAUAUUCUUGAUCUUCUGCGGCGUGUUGUUAAUGGUGGCUACCGAAACCCAUUUCAUCUUGACUGGGUUUAUUUUGGUCAUCAGUGCUAGCGCACUUGGCGGGUUUCGCUGGAGUCUAACGCAGCUGCUGCUCAAGGACAAGAAGAUGGGUAUGGACAAUCCAGCGGCGACGGUGUACUGGCUUGCACCCGCCAUGGGUGUGACUGUCGGGAUUGUCAGUGCGAUCGUAGAAAACUGGGUAGUUGUCUUCCAAAGCCCCCAUUUCUCAGGACUCGGAAGGAUACUGCGAACCAUCCUCUAUCUCAUAUCCCCCGGGGUUGUCGCAUUCUGUAUGGUCAUGAGCGAGUUCUACAUUAUCCAGCGAGUAGGAGUUGUGCCGAUGUCUAUUGCUGGAAUAGCCAAAGAAGUCACUACGAUAACGUUAUCGGCCUGGUUCUUCGGCGACCAACUGACCCCCCUCAAUAUAACCGGCGUAGGAAUUACCGCGUGCGGCAUCGCUCUCUUUACCUUCCACAAAUAUCGCAAGUCGAUAGAAUCUACGGUUCCGCUGGAUGCUCACGGCAAUCCCAUUACCCCUGAUGACCUCAGCGACAUAGAAGACGGAGGGUAUACGACGGCGUUACGAGAAACGGAUACUCUAACAUCGCAGACUUCGCAAGAAUCCGAGGAAUUUCCGAGUGAUAACGCCAGGCUAUUGUUCUCUGAGGACGAGGGCGAAGGUGAUGCCGAGGAACUUCGGAGCAUUCGUUCUUCCAAAGUUCGCCAGUACUCCGGCUAUUCCGGUGCGAAGACGGAGCAUGAAGAACAACUUCCUCUCGUGUCCGAAGAUUCUGGUCAUUCGCGGGCACACAUGGACCUGUAA